AAAAAAUGACAAAAAAUCAAUAAGAUAUAUAAGACAAAUAAAAUGAUUUAUAAAAUAAAUUAGAAAAAAAAGGGACAAAUAGAAAAUAAUAAAGAACAAUAAUAAUUGAAAACGAAAUUCCAAUUCCAAAGGAAAUCAUACACGCUCAUAAUACUCUUAUUGAAGAAAUUAAAAACUUAGAAAGUAGAACAUGUACAAUAUUAAAAGUUCCAAAUUUGAUAAUGGAAAUGGAUUAAAACGAAGAUAUCCCAUGUCACCUAAGUCCUUUAUUCGGUGAAACAAAUUUCCGUGAAUUUUAUGGUGGAGGUGGUUUUUUACCUGAAAAAGCUUUCAUAUAUACUGGCUCAUAUGUUUUAGGUAAUAAAUAUACAUAUAUAAAUAAAAAUUAUAUAUAAAAAAAUAGCAAAUUGUGUAAUUGGUAAAGGAGAAAGUAUAGAUUAAUCUAAAAGAUAUUUACGAGCCGGUCCUCGUAAACACAAUUAUUUCGACCCGAAAAACGUAAAAGUCGCAAUAGUGACAUGUGGUGGUUUAUGUCCUGGCUUAAAUGUAGUAAUUAGAGAAAUAUAUAUGUGUUUAUAUUACAAUUAUGGAGUUCGUGAAAUUUAUGGUAUAAAAUACGGUUAUAAAGGUUUCUAUUAAUAUGAGUGGGAAAAGUUAAAUAUUGAAAUUGUUAGAGAUAUAUAGAGGCAAGGUGGUACUAUUUUGGGUACAUCUAGAGGAGGAUUUGACAAAGAAAAAAUAGUCGAAAAUUUAAUUAAACAUGGUGUAAACCAUGUCUAUUGUUUAGGUGGAGAUGGUACUCAUAAAGGUAUAAAUGCUUUAUUUUAGGAAUUAAAGGCAAGAAAGUUGAGUAUAUCGAUUGUAGGAAUUCCUAAGACAAUAGAUAAUGAUAUUCCUAUAAUAGAUAAGUCAUUUGGGUUUGAAACAUCUGUAGAAUAGGCUGUAAAAGCUAUACAGUCUGCUUAUGUAGAGGCUAAUUGUGUAGAAAAUGGUGUGGGAUUAGUUAGAUUGAUGGGUCGAGCAGCAGGUUUUAUUGCUAUGGAAGCCACAAAUGCAUCUAGAGAUGUCAAUUUAUGUCUUGUGCCUGAAUUUAAGUUCAAUUUAUAUGGCGAAAAAGGCGUAUUGGAACAUGUCUGUUAUGUUUUGAAACAAAAAAAAGGUUGUGUUAUUGUUGUAGCAGAAGGAGCUGGAGAUGCUGUUUUAGAUGCUAAAGUAGAAAAAUCAGGGGAAAAAGAUGCUUCAGGAAAUGUAAAAUUAAGUGAUAUUGGAAUGUUUUUAUCAAAAGAAAUUGUUGAAUAUGGAAAAAAAAAAAAAAAUAUGGAAAUUACUCUUAAAUAUAUAAAUCCUACAUAUAUGAUUAGAACAGUACCAGCUAAUGCUUUAGAUAGAAAAAUGUGCAUAUAAUUAGCCUAAAAUGCGGUUCAUGGUGCAAUGGCCGGUUUCACUGGAUUCACUGUGGGACAUAUUAAUAAUAAGUUAUCUUAUAUUCCACUUGGUGAAAUUACUAAAGUUGGUAAUAUUAGAUAGAUUUAACCUUAAGAUAGAGCAUGGUAGAGACUUUUGGCUUCUACUGGUUAACCUAGUUUUUUAAAUGAAGAGAAUAAAAUAUAUUAAUGA